AUGGCUCUGAGCAGGUGUGGCUUGAAGCUCUUAAACGGUUCUCAUGGCAACCUCUCCAGGACAGUGUCCAAGGCAUUGCACUCGACGAGUGUGAAGAGAAUGGGAGGCGGGCAUGGCCAUGAUUCAGAACCAUUCUAUAUGCACGCGAAGCACAUGUACAACCUCGACAGGAUGAAGCACCAGAAGCUGAAGAUGUCACUCGGUGUCUGGACUUGUUUCGCCAUUGGGGCAACUGUUCCCAUCUUUGUUGUCAUAUUCCAACAAAAGAAAACUGCUUCUGCAUGAACCAUUUUUG